AUGGAUUGGGUGCUGCAAGGUACGUUGUUGAAAGAGCGCGCGCCGCCUUCCGAGGGCCAGACGGGAGGCGCCUGCCCCUUGAUUGUGCAGGCGGUGGAGAGCCAGAUGUCGCACGAAAUGGCCAUCACGGCCCGGAACGGAAGAGGUGUGCUGGGGCACUGCUCGACGAGUGGUGACGAGAGGCAGCGAGAGCGCGAGCGACGGGGCGUGGGCGCGGCGCUUGAAGUGCUCCAGCACCCCAGCAGCUCCAGCUCCCUCAUUUCCGCCCAGCCCGCGUCCCGUGCUCCACCACCACCUGCACCCCCCGAUAGCCGUGAUCUGCCCUCGAGCCGACACUCACCACAGUCCGGCUGCCCCGGGAGACGAGAAGGAGCCGGCCGCGCUGCCGCAGACCGCGUUGUCUCCUCGCGCGCGUCGCGGACGAUGGACCAGAGCGGUGCCCCGAUGCGCUCCUUCACAAACACCAGCGACGCGGGCUCCCAGCGCCCGCCCUCGCAGACCAGCGCGCCCGCGAAGCCCCCAGGAGCGCCCGCAAAGCCGCACCACAAUGCCUGCGCCGACGUCAAGCCGCGCCUCACAAAGGAGCAGCACGACAUCCUCGAGAGCCACUUCCAGCAGCAGCACAAGCCCAGCACCAGCACCAAGAAGGGCUUCGCCGAGGCCCUCAAUGUGCCCCUCGACAAGAUCAAUAACUGGUUCCAGAACCGCCGGGCCAAGGUCAAGCAGGACAUCAAGAAGCAGAUGAACCAGUACAACAUGAGCAUGGGAAUCUAUGGGCCGCCGCCGCAGAUGCCCAUCGUCGCGUCGCAGUACCCGCCGCACGCAGAGCAACCACAGCCUCAGCUGUCCAUGGGCCAAGACUUCUUCCCUGUGACUUCUGACAUCAGCCCUACAUGCCUCCCGGUGCAGAGCGUCGAGGGUCCGUCAGCCCUAGACCUCGGCCCUCAGAUGACCCUCCAGCAGCCGUUUGACAUGCACCAUUCGCUGCGUUCCAUCCCAGAGGCUAACCGGACCACGUCGUACCCCCCAGACGCCGUCCUGCAUUCGUUCAUGGCUGCUACGGCUGGGGCGUCGUACAUGCAGAACAACACCGCUUCCCUCCCUCCCCAAGACCCGGCAUUUGCCUAUGAUACCACUGGACUCCCCAAUGGAAUGCAGGGCGACCUCGCCUUCUCCGUGCCUUCGUCACUGCCCAACGAGAGCGCGCCAUCGAAUGACACCUUCACCGGCUUCCCAGAUUUCGGCGCCCUGGAUUACUCUUCGCUCACCGCUAACGCACCUAAUUCGUCGGACGUGCAGAACAGCACUGGAUCGAUCUCGUCAGAACCUUCACCGUUCUCUGGCGCCCAGUCCACUGCUACCACCCAGUCAUCAAGCGGGCCGGGUGCCUCGUCGGUCGCCUCCAUCGCCUCAGUCUACUCAGGUUGGACGGAAGACCAGAACUCGGGGCCAGACGCGAAACCAGCCAAUGAAUGUGACGAUUACUUCGAUCCACCAUACAGCAUGCCCCAAGCGUCGGCCUCCGAGCAUGCAUUACCCUUUUGGGGGCCGAACGGACAGGGGCAAGGAUUCUCGCAGGCUGAGCUGUACCAGCACCCCAACGCUUCUGCACAUGCCGUCCUCUCCUCUCCCGAGCAGAACGAGACGCGGAAGCUAAGCGCAGCUCCUUCGGACUUUGAACCACCACCAAGCUUUGGCGAUGAAGCUUUUGCGCGAAGGAACUCCUCUACAACCAAUCUUGCUAACAACAUCGAGGCGAUACAUAUACAGAACAGCACGCCAGAGGAGUUCAAGCAACCGAGUCAGCCCUCUAGCAUCGCUGCCCGCAGGCACAAACGCCCAACAGCGCUCAACCCAAGCACCCUGAGGAGCGCGUCCUACACCAGCGGCAUGCCUUCUCCGGGAGCCAACAAUGACCACACUCUUCGAAAGAUCCGAUCCUCGGGGAUUCCCAAUGCUGCGGGUCGUGUACAGAAAUCCACUCCGGGCUCGGCGCAGCGCUCGCCCAUGACAAUGACUUUCACAGAUGCUGCAGCGUCGCCCAAGUUUGCUAGGGCAUUCUCGUCAUCGAGUAGCACAACCGUCGGGCAGGGUGGCAGUCUGGCCCCUCCGACCCCCCUGACGCCGAACGAGAUGAGCCGAUUCCCCUACUGGCAGAACAGCGCUGUCAUCAGGAAUCACCCAGCAAUGCCCGAGCACAGCAGUCCGGAAAGCCUCAAUGCGAACUGGACGGUCGAGACUCAGUCGGCUGGGCUGUAUUCUAAUGCCACGUCGCCGCCGUCAACGCCUCUGGACCUAGCACAACUAAAUCAAGCGCGCCUUGCUCAUGAGAACCUGUACCGUGAUACGCCCCCGCAGUCAGCGCCGGCGACACAGCAGACGUUUCCUCGCACAGCAUUGAUGCAACCUCCGCAAAUGCGGGCUGGAUUCCACUCGACCACUGAUCUCACUCUCGCACAACCGAAGCCAUCCCAUUUCAGAAGGCCUUCCCUACCUGACCCGGGACACGGUCAGUUUGACGAUGCGAACAUGCAGUAUCCAGUUCAGUUCGGGAACCUAAAUUACGACGACUUUAAAGACAUUUCCCUGAGCGGCAUUACUCACAAUGUCCCAUUCGCACCGCCAGUGUCAGCCAUGCCCGACUUUCUCGUCCAUCAGUACGAGCCCCCGCAGGGCGCAGGACCCCAUGCACAUAUGAUGCGGCGAACAACUGAACCUCAACAGAAGAGCUAUAUUUUCGCCAACCAAGGUCCACACGACUUCCGCUCUUCAUGA